GCGUCUCCGAACUGCAAUGCAAUGCGCUGCACCCAAUGAUACGAAUUUAUGCUCGAGCGACCAUUCGCUCGCCUGUAUACAGUACCACAUCAUGUAUACUCUCACCAAAAAAUGCGACACGCCAGUUCAGCCGCUCGCAAUGUCGCAAAGAAGACCCACGCAUCUCCGACUUUGGUCGCGAGAUUGUAGAUGAGUUUGCCGUAAUGCGCGAGAAAUAUGAUGCACCUAAACACACCAUAGUCCUUGCCCACGGUCUGCUAGGCUUCGACGAACUGCGACUCGCGGGCCAAUUCAUACCUGGCAUACAAUACUGGCGUGGCAUCACGGAUGCCCUGGCACACAAGGGCAUCGAGGUUAUCGUGGCUGCGGUCCCGGCCAGUGGCAGUAUUGAGGCGCGCUCUGCGAAAUUGGCCGAGAGCAUUGCGCUCAAAGCAAAGGGAAAGCAGGUCAACAUCAUCGCGCAUAGCAUGGGGGGUCUCGAUUCACGAUACAUGAUCAGCCAGCUUCGACCGACUGACUUCAAGAUUCUUUCCUUGACCACCAUAGCCACUCCACACAGGGGUUCUGCUUUUGCAGACUACAUGUUCGACACGAUCGGUCCACGCAGAAUAAAACGCAUCUAUAGUGUUAUGGAGUACUUUGGUUUUGAGACUGGCGCCUUCUCUCAGCUUACGCAAGAGUACAUGAAGAAUAACUUCAAUCCCAAGACGCCAGACAUAGCCAAUGUCAAGUACUACUCAUAUGGCGCAUCUCUCGAACCGACUCGAUGGUCCGUCUUUGCACCUUCCCAUGGUAUUAUCAAAGCAAAAGAGGGUCUCAACGAUGGCCUGGUCAGCGUUGAGUCGAGUCGGUGGGGUGACUACAAAGGCACGUUGAUUGGUGUGAGCCAUCUCGACCUGAUCAAUUGGACGAACCGCCUGAAGUGGUUCUUCUGGGAGCUUACUGGCAGCAAGCGCAAUUUCAAUGCCAUUGCAUUCUAUCUUGACAUUUGCGAUAUGCUAGCCAAGGAAGACCUAUAGUCUCUCUGAAUGCACAACAACAGGUCGCAAAAAUAUCGACGCGUUCUGGCCCUUAUGAUUUCCACGUCUGAGCAAGCUUGUGCGUCCCCGUGGGAUUCAGCUUUUGAGCAAAGGCCGUUUGACAGUUAGCCCUAGCUUCGGAAGCGUCGCGCCCAGUCACACGAUGCGAUGCUCAUGUAAGACAGGGGUCAGCUUCAGCCCGGAAGUGCGGCUAUGACUGUGGCUGUGUCCGGCACAUUGUCCGAAAUGGGUACAUGGAAUGCCGAAUAUAUACACCCAAAGUCUAAUUAAAUACACAAAAAGAAGCCCCCUUUAGGGUACAACCUUGAGCGUUGCCGAAGAAGCCGUGCAAGAGAGUGGUUUGGGUGAUUGUUGCGUGGAAAAGCCUUCGCAUUGGGUUAUGACGUUGGGGCUGGGACCCUGGUCAGGCAGAGGGAACCCCGCGGGCA